AUGGCAAAGGCAAAGAAGAAGUCCAAGUCUCAGAAGCCGCCGGCACACUUAGCGCCACUAACUUCACGCACUAAACCCAAGAAAUCUACGACUCACCAUCAACCCAGAGUCAGGACUGGUGUCAACACCUAUAGACAGGCUGGUUCCAGAACCAGGGGAAAGGUCCGGAAGACCACCAAUAAGGGCAGAAGACCCUUGCCAUGGAGCCCUAAGGGGAAGGCUUCUGAAAAAACUACAGCCCCUGUUAAAAAGCCCAAGAACGAUCAAGAAAAACCGUUAUUGGGUCACUACCACCAACUGAUGGAGGAGCCGAAUACUACCGAGGAGGCGUCCCCAGAGCCGGAAUCAGAGGAGAGCUGCUUAGAGAGCUCCAGCACAUCUGUCACUGACCCGGAGAGCCAAUAA